ACGGUAGAUCAAUCCGUGUAUCAUUCGUUCAUCCGUUUUUCAACAUGAAACCAAAACAAAAAAAAACGGAAAACCACUCGUAUUUUCAGUUUUUGUUUCCAAAACCAAAACGACAAAACGGAUAAUGGCUCGUUUUCCGAUUUCCCAUUUUGUGCUCAAAUCAAAAAUGGAACAAACGGAUAACGAGCGCUCAUGUCCGAUUUUGUUUUUUUCAUUUGAGACAAACGCCGUGACCCGGAAAUGACGUCUGUACUUAUAGUAAAACAAGCGCGAACAAUACAGCUGCGAGAAAUAAAAUUAGCUAGUUUUACCAUCAUGGCCGGAUUGGAGGAUUGUGCAGAUGUAGUGAAAGAACUUUUUGAUAAUGGAAAAACGCAUGCUGAGAUUUCCAUCGCGCUGCAGCACUUAGGUGUUCAAACAUGCUCAGAAAUGUCAGUUCGACGGUUCUGUAUUCAGCACCAACUACAGAGAAAAAGGCAUGUGUCUGACACAGACUUGGAAACAGCCAUUGUAUCAUCAAUACAUAAGACGGGCUCGUCUUAUGGACGAAAGUUCAUGACAGGAUACCUGUCAUCAGUGGGAGUUAGAGCAGGAGAAUGUCGAGUGGGAAGAAUUCUCAAAGAUGUGCACCAACCAUAUAACGAGGAGCGUCGCAAGGGAGCACGUAACUUAAACCCUGUUCCUUACAAUGCGGAGUAUAUGGGCCAUAAACUCCACAUGGACCAGAAUGAGAAGAUGGUAAUGUUCGGGGUCACACACGUCCUGGCUGUGGAUGGCUUCAGCAGCAAAAUUGUUGCUGAAGCAACAAUGCCAGUGAAGAACAACCUUGUUAUUUAUGAGGACAUUUACAGAGUAGCAGUUGCCAACAAUGGCAUGUGGGACCAAGUCAGAGUAGAUCAUGGCAGAGAGUUUUACCUGGCUCUGUAUAUGCAAGAGAAGCUUGCUCAACACCGACACAACAUUGACAGGCAGCCUUAUGUGCAGACAGCUUCUUCAAGGAAUCUUCGUGUGGAAAGAAUUUGGCCAGAAGUUAAUAAUCGGGUAAACUAUCCCAUUAAACAGGCCCUCGUUCACUUGCUGGACCAAGAGUUGCUCAAUAUGGAGGAUAAUGUGACCAAAUUUUGUGUCUCCAACCUGGCAUGCCAAGUAAGCCAAAUUGGACUUGCAAGAGUUGUGCAGUCCUGGAAUUGUCAUAGGAUACCAGGCAGAGGGAUACCAAACCAGCUUGCCUCUGCUGGUUGUCCAGCAAGAAUCUCACAGGAACUGCUGCCCACUGCUGCAGAGGCAGCAAACAUGUACGAGCAGGAGUUGAGGUCCUCCCUGACUUGGGUGUCUGCCUUUGCAGUUGACCCAUUUUCAUCUGAGGAAGAUAGAUGCCGUGCAGAACAGCUGUUUGGAGAGAGCUUUCCAGACAUAUCUCUUCUCUUUGACACAGUGGUCAACAAUGACCGUAGAGUUUUUCAGGAGGCACUGUUUUAUCUCAUCAACAUUACAGAGAGGUAUAUGUAAGAUAAAUAUACACAGGGGAGUGAUCAUUCACAUUUGUUAUAUGUAUAUAUUUGUAUAUGUAUGUUAAUCUGAUGUAGGUAUGUUAAUGAUGCUUUUCAUGCAAUUUUGGGUAACUACUUGAUUAUUUUUGUGUGUACUUACCUUUGCAUAGGAAAUUUUUUAAUCAUUACAUAUAACAAAGGAUUCUGAACUUACAUUUUUGUAAAAUUACAAUAUUUUGAGGUAUUGUAACCUCAAUUUUAGUUGAAAUAAAUACCAGUUCUCUUGAGA